AUGAAUCGUUGUUGCACCACCAUUCCUUUGCCGUCGGUGCUGUGCACUUUGAAACUGUGGGAAGCCAGUAGAAGGCCGAAAGUAAAAGUGCAAGAGGCGGACCCAAACCUAAAGACAUACGCCGUAGAAGAUGAAAAUGUGGUGGUGGAAGGGGUGGCCAAGAUCGACAGGGGCGAGGACAACAUGAAUCUUGGGCGGCUAGCACUUCUGGUGGCUGGAGACACGGUGGCCCUGCUCCUCUUUGCCCUUGCUGGGAAGGUCAGCCACUCAGGAACAGCGGACUUUGGGGUGGUGCCAACGGCAGCCCCUUUCUUGGUCGGUUGGUUCGCCUCAGCGACUUUGUUGGGCGGCUACGGUGCUGAUGCAACUUUGUCCGGCCCCCUGAAGGCAGUUACGACUACCGGCAUCGCCUGGGCUGUGGGCAUCCCACUCGGCAUCGUCAUCCGAGGAGUUUUGAAAGGUCAGGUCCCCCCCACGCCGUUCAUCCUGGUCACGCUGGCCAGCACCUUCGUUCUCUUGGUGGGCUGGAGGGCCGCCCUGGCUGCGACGGGGGGAAAGAGAGACGUGGGAAACCGGUCGGGAAGCGCGUUCGAGUUUCUGGAGCUUUUAUCGUCCCUCGUCAGAAGAUGGUAAACCCGAGGUCAGUCAUUGAGGGGAGAGCUUCUGCGACGAAGCCAGAGCGCUGGCCACAUAGUAGUUAGGAGACAGGUUUGCAUGUAUUUGUCUCCAUCCGUUGAACAUUUCGAGUCGGCAAUUUUAGGUCAAUGGCAGCAGAGGGCUUGCUUUUUCUGGGGGAAAUUUUGCUCUGAAAGGUGAAGGCUUCAUGUCCCGAAGCCAUGCAAUCUCAUUGAUGCGCUCUCUGUACCACUCUCUGGGCCCAUAGUGGUCCUAAAUGUUGUGAAUUUCUAC